GUUCGGCUGCCUGUGUACAACGUUAUGGCCGACGCAGUCUGUCAGACCUCGUGGCAUGCGCCCGGGCAUUCCAUACCGUCGCCUGUGUCGCCGCCUACCCAGAACCCAACACACCAGUCUCUCGUCCAGCUACAGCAUCACGCGCAUCCGCCGCAGUCGUCACCAUCCGCUCCUUCAGACCACGGCCGCGCCUAUACACAACCAUACCCAACGAAAAACAUAUCUGGGCAUAGCAUACCGCAAUCCCAUGUGCCGUUUCAGCCUCCCCAUCCACCGCCAUCCGAUAGCCGAAGAGAGCCUAGCUUUGGCAAUGGCCAAUCUGUCCUCCGGCCGCCGCCGCCCCCCUCUGAACACGGCCACGGCUAUAUACAGUCACCACACGAGCCCUCGCCACCCACGCACAACACGUAUCCGGCGCCUUGCCAGGGGUGCCAGGACUACAGCCCAUAUGGAGCGCCAGCAUCGGUAGCGGCUAGCAAGCAGCGACCCAAGCACCAGCGCGUAUCACAGGCUUGCGAUCGUUGCCGGCUUCUCAAAGCUAAAUGCGAUGAGCAAAAGCCCUGCAAGAACUGCAAGGAGAAAAAUGAGCAAUGCAACUAUAAAGAGCCGAUUGUUAAGCAUCAAGACAAGGUUCAAACCGAGGUACUUGAGGUGGUCCAAGCCAUUAAUUCAAAGUUGGAUUCAAAGUUUAAAGCAUUGGAUGAUCGCUUUGAUGUUCUCGAAGAUGCCAUCGGGGCAAUAGCUGCUGCGCUGGGCAUCGGUGCAUUGCCAGCUAUCCCCAAAGCCAUCAAGGUCGAACAGUCAGGGAGCAAAGAUGCCGUUUCAAACGUGCAGGCAUCACCCAACUCGGGCCGCGGCGAGCUCGCCGACGAGUCACGACUCGAAGUAGCGCCACCGGCGAUUACAUGCAAAUACAUAGUGAAGGAGGCCGAGGAGCCAAUACCGCUUCUGGAUGACGACGGACCUAUUCCACCUGGCUCACCUAUACCAGUUGGCAAACCGGCGAUACCCGAGAACCACACGACGGGAGCCGGCAAUUUGCUCAAAUGGUCAGCGAUCCACAACCUUGUGGGCAGCCUCUUGAAGGAUCAUGGCAUCAAACAUCCAGAAGCCUACCCUCUCAAAAUCGAGGAAAGUAGGAGUUUUCUCCAUCUAUAUGGGCGGGGCGAGGGCAACAAGAGAGAUGGUUUGAAGGAGGUUCCCAACGAUUUUGGACUUUUCACCUCUAACCCCAACGACGUGGCCCCAUCACCGUCUUCCAACAACGAUUGGGGCCAUAUGGAUAUUAUGGAACUUGCGCCGUACAGUCCACAGAAUUCUGCAUUAACCUCUGACACAAAAGCGACUCCUCGCAGGACGCCCGGGGGACUUAGGCUGGAUGCCGAACACGUGCGGAAGCUUGCCACCAGCUACAAGGACAAUAUGCAGAACAUGCACCCCAUCAUUCUGCCCAGGGACCUCGAUGAUCUGAUCACUCAAUUCAUCCGGAGCGUCCAUUCUGUGAAAGCCACUGCAGUGGACCCUCCGGUCGCAGGGUUUGCAAGCCCUGAAGCGGGCAAGAAACGCAAACGAGAAGAUGCCGAUUCCAGCUCCGAGGCGUCUAAAACUCAGUUCCAAGGACGGUCCGCGCUGCCUAGUGACAUUAAAACUGCCGUGGUCCUCUGUAUUCUUGCCCUGGGCGAGAUCUGCCUGCAUAAGGAUCGUAUACCCGAUGUUGUCCCUAUAAAUGGCGAAAAGCAAAAUCCGGUCUCUGUUCAAUAUGGCUCUCGGAGCUCUCCGGUCUCUCGAAACGGUAUGCCCCCAUCCUCUGUCGAGGGGACGCCGCCGUCGGCCUGUUUCACCUCAACUGGCGGUAAGCGAGCCUCCUUCCAGGGGAGUACGGGUCCCGUGAGGAAUGCAGAAAUCCCGGGUUUGCAAUACCUAGCUAGUGCCACCGACAUUUUGCACAAUCAGCUGGGAGACACGUCCAUAUGGCAUGUUUAUGCGAACAUCCUAGCUGGCCUUUAUUACGGCCAGCUAGGGAGGGUGAUGGAGAGCUACUGGCACAUUCACCAUGCCUGUGUUAAGGCCCAGCAUCUACUCCGAAAUGCACCUCAGGAUAUUAAGGACAUACACUACUAUCUCAUCUACUGGACCUGCAUGCAAUUGGAAUGCGAUAUUAUUGCCGAGCUCAAUCUGCAACAGUCGGGUAUCAGUAAAUACGAGGGAAGCAUGCGGCCCCCGAACCUACCGCACAUGAUCGAAUGCGGCAUCAAUGAGCGUGUCGCCUAUAGCUAUCACGGGCAAAUCUGGUUACGAAAAACGCUGAAUCAGGCGCACACGGAACUUUACGGGCCCAAAUCGGAGAGAGAGAAAUUUUCCUUGAAACCCUUGGUAGAAACGCUGCUCCAGAACCUAACACCCGGCGAAGAUCGUUGGUGGCCGAAACAUCACCCCCUGGAACCCGAAACCCCGGCCGACAACAUCCUCGACGCCAGACUCCGAGCCAAGUACUGGGGUGCCAUUAACAUCAUCUGUAGACCAGUCAUCAAGUCUAUCCUCGAAAGGGAAUAUAUCCAGACCAACCAAGUCGACGCAAGCCUCGAUCGGACAGACCCUCUCAACGAGGAGCUGGACCCUGACGACAGCUUCGUUCGGGAUAUUGCCAAAAGAGGCAUUAACGCGCUCCUACACAGCACCAAAGCCUUCCAUGGUCUUAAGGAGACGCGCUAUAUUGUCACCAACAUCUUUGGUACUGCUCAGGCCCAAUGGGGCAACCUGAUCACCCUUGCAGCGGUCUACAAGAACAAACACUUGUCGCAGCUUUUCUUCGAUGUCGUUGCGUGUCAAUCGAGCGCACUCGAGAUCGGCAGGGAAAUCCUGGUUGGCUUGAAGAAAUCAUUGUUUCCGGACGAAGGGACGCAAUAA